AUGAGUGGACUCUUGGCUCGAAUGCCUUUCCGUCGACAGGACUCGACACACAACGCAGCCGACGCAGCCGACGCAGCCGAUGCCCCCUUGCCCGAGCGCGAGCAGACCCCUUCCCUCUCCGAGAAGUCCUCGCCGGCCUACGGCGCAGACGUCAAGGACGAUGGCGUCGACGCUCACCACACCGCGGCACCUGAUGCUGCCGUGGCCGACCUCGACCCUCGCAACUUGCUCUCGAACGGCAAGGAGGUAAGUCAAAAGCCUCAAGUUCGCUUUGCUCCCUGCUAGCAAAAUUUUGCGGCGGGUGUGGCGACACGCCCGCUUGGCGUUAUCUGCGGGCCGGCUAAGAUCACGCCACCCGAGCCGAUAAGGACAGGCGAGCUAGGCGGUUUCAGUCUUUGGGGUGAAAUGAAGCUGACCAUCUGCAAUCGUUCUCUACUUCCUUAUAGCGACCGAUCGAGACCGCCGAAGAUAUCUCUACUCGGUGAGUUUUCGUGUGGUGGCGUCGGUGCACAGGCCGCCGCCCGGCCUAUUGAAGAUCUCUGACUCCGACACCUUGCUGACUGCUUCGGCUCUACUUCACAUCAUGCAGAUGCAUCUCACUCGAAGAUGACCCCACACUCAUUGUCCACACUAUUCGCAUGUGGUUCAUCGGCCUCGGUUUGACGUGUUUUGCCGCCGUCCUCGGCCAGAUCUUCUACUUCAGGCCCCAGGUGAGCCUCCUUUCUGGGCCCACGACAAUUGACUCUGCCGGACCUCUUGCUGACACCACCAUGCCUUCCCAUUGCCACAGACCGUUUUCGUCUCGCAACUCUUCAUCCAGGUCAUUGCCUUCAUUAUGGGAAAAGCAUGGGCCAAGGUCCUCCCUGGUCCCGAGAAGGGCAAGUUCUGGGCCAUCCUCAACCCUUGCGACUUCAACAUCAAGGAGCACGUCGCCAUCCUCGUCAUGAGUUCGACCGCCACCGACUCGGCUCUCGCCAUCUCCGUCUUCGCCGCCGAGGAGCUGUACUACAACAUUAGCCCCAACUACGGUGUUGCCAUCUUCACCUUGCUUGGCUCGCAAUUGUUCGGUUACGGUAUUGCCGGCUUGAUGCGAUCCUUCACCGUGUUCCCGACCUACAUUGUCUUCCCCAACUUGGUCCCCGUCGUCUCGCUCUUCGACGCGUUCCACCGUGACCCCAACGGACCCGCGCAGAAGAAGCGUCUGCGGUUCUUCUGGAUCACUUUCAUUGCCAUCUUUAUGUGGGAGUGGAUCCCCGAGUUCGUCGCCCCCACGCUCACCGGCAUUUCGAUUUUCUGCCUCGCCAACCGCAAUUCGCCUUGGUUCACCCGCAUCUUUGGUGGCUCCAACGGUAACGAAGGUCUCGGCAUGUUCUCGAUCUGCCUUGACUGGAACUACAUCGGCUCCGGUGGUGGAUCACUUGGUGCCCUCUUCACGCCUUUCAGCACUCGUACGUCUUUCCAGAUCUAGAAUCGAUCAAGGCAUGACACUGAUUCUUUCCGUUGCAUGCGUUCACGCUCACAGAGGUCUCGCAAUACGCGGGUGUUGGUCUGUGCUGCAUCCUCUUCUGCGCUUGCUACGUCAACGACGUCUGGAGGGCCAAGAGCUUCCCCUUCCUGUCGCAACAACUCUUUUACGAGAACGGAACCGAGUACGAUCAAUUGUCCAUCCUCAACCCCGACUUCUCUCUCAACCAGACCCUGCUCGAGCAGCAAGGUAUCCCCUGGUACGCGACCUCGAACGCCAUCUACUACCUCGGCUCCAACUUGGCCAUCGGUGCUUCGCUCUCGCACGUCGUUGUGUGGUUCCUUCCUUCGAUUAUGAAGGCCUUCAAGGAGUACCGCGACCGAUCGCAACCCGACCCGCACUACCAGAAGAUGUUGGUCUACCGCGAAGUCCCCAUGUGGUGGUACGGCGCUACCCUCGUCAUUUCUUUCGCUAUGGCCAUGGCGACGUGCUACACCGGUCACUCUCAGCUUCCUUGGUGGGCCUUGAUCGUCGCGUUCAUACUAGCUGCGAUCGUCUUCCCCCCUGUCUUGGUCGUCUACGCUGUCACCGGUUUCAAUACCGACGUUCAGCAGCUCGCUCAGAUGCUCGGUGCCGCGAUCGUCCCCGGAAACUCGCGAGCCAACCUCUACUUUACCCUCUACGGCUCCAACUCGGUCUCGCAAGCUCGUGGCCUGACCCGUGAUCUUAAGCUCGGCCAGUACACCAAGCUGCCUCCUAUCUCGACCUUCGUCUGCCAGGUCGUCGGUACCGUCGUCGGCGCCAUCUUGCAGCUUAUCAUCAUGAAGUCGAUCAUCAGCGCCCAGCGUGAGAUCCUCUUGUCGGUCCAGGGUACCAACAUUUGGUCCGGUCAACAGGUCCAGUCCUACAACUCGCAGGCGGUCUCGUGGGGUGCGCUCGCCAAGUCCAUGUACGGCCCCGGUCGCCCUUACUUCAUCAUCCCCAUGUCGAUCGUCAUCGGCUUGUUCGUGCCCCUCCCCUUCUGGGUCGGCCACAAGUUCUUCCCCAAGUUGAGGCUGAACCAGGUCGUCACGCCCAUCAUGUGCUGGUGCCUUGGUUUCCUCUCGGUCGGCAUCAACUCGUCCGUCUUCGGCACCAUGUUGAUCGCGCUCUUCUCGCAAUACUACCUCCGCCGAUACCGCGCGACCUGGUUCCGCAAGUACAAUUACCUCCUUUCGGCCGGUCUCGACGGUGGAACGCAGUUCAUGGUCUUCAUCGCCACCUUCGCUCUCUUCGGUGGUUCGGGCAAGUCGGUCGUCAUGCCCACAUGGGCUUUGAACCCCGAUGGUGAUUCGUACAACUUCGACUACUGCCAGAAGUUGACGUAA